GCAAUUAAGAAACUGUUUCUGGGUUUCUGUUGCUUUAACUUAUCGGAUACUCCUUUCUUUUCCUUAUUUUCUUGCUCAUAAUUUCCUUUUUGGUUGGAAAGAUUUUGGCCUCUGGUUAAGCUGAAUGUUACCGAUGUUGCAGUAAUAGACUAAAAGUAACCACGAUUACUGGCUUAGUGGGGAGUCCAAUUUUUGCUGUGUACUAGAGAGAUGGACAGAAGAAUCUAAAUUUGAAAGCUUUUUGAGUACUUUCUUACUAAUAAAGUGUUAUCAUGACUUUAUUCUCAUUGUGAUUCAUGGGUAGUCUUUGAUUUCAAUCUUACAGAAAACGGCCAUUGGGGUAUGCUCUAAAUUUUGAUGCUUAAAUAGGAAUUUCAGUCAGGAUUUCAUCUCAGUAGCCUUAUCUGGUUAGCACUAGAAAUUUACUGAUCUGUGAUUCCACCGACAGUCUCAACACAAAAUCUCUUUCUAUACAUGUUAUCCACUACCAGUAGAGACAUUUCCUGCAGGAUGGACCUAUCUCCAAUCUCGCCGAUGAGAAUCAAAAUUGCUUUAAUUUCAGUAACUGCUUUUGAAACUGGUUUGUUUGGAUAUAGAUUCUGAGCUGCUGAUCAUUUUGCUAUGUAUUGAGAAUGAAUGGUAUAUUUUCAAUUGAUGGCUGUUCCCAGAAUCAUGAGAUGUCCAAGGGCUGGCCACUUGGGUUACAGAUAAUGAGCAUGAGGCUUCGGUUGCAAGAGAGAUUACAGGCUGCAUCUCCAGCUGUUAAUGAACCAUACUCAUUGCACAUUCCCUCAAGCAGUUUUUCCUCAUUUUCUUCCUCCAACCUUGACACCCAGUCCUCAGCAUCAUUUUUCCAAGAUAACAGCGUUUCUCUGGGGAUGUUAAUUGGAUUCAGACCACAUGACAGAGGAUCAUCACUCUACUUUCAAAACACAAUCCGCACUGAAGAGAGCAAUAGGCCACCUGUAACAGGCGCCUGCAAGGAUGUCUCUAGAGGACAAAGCACAGACAUGUCUCAGGGAAUUUGCAUUCCUCUGAUACAAGGCGCUCUAGUAAAGAUGAGCAGAAACAGGAGCAAGUCAAAGCAAUUGGAUGUUUGAGGUUGAAGAAACAGUACUUCAAUGGCAUGGCAUACAAAUCAGAAUAAAACUUUCUUUGACCUCUGCCAAAUUCUUUUCUGCUGUGUUUUCAGAAAUUAGCCAUUAAAUUGUAACCUUACCUAUUUUAUCUUUAUGGGACUUUUUUAUUCACACAGCAUAAUCAAC